UCUCAGUGGACUUCCCCCAGAUUUGUUUUCUGCCCUCGUCGCGUUUCCCUCCUAUCUUCCCUCCAACAGGUAAAGCGACAACUGUCCUCCGUGCGUCAUCGGCGUCGCGCGCGCUCAUUACGCAGUUCCCCGUGUGCGGCAGGUGUAGCCCAGGACACACCCACGAGGCAAACUCCUGUCAGGCAGAAAGAGCAGCCUGUCAGUCUUCACAGAGCACCGCAGAGGGAGCACUAACAGCCUCCAGAGUUCCAGAGAAACAGAGAGGACUUCCCUGCUUCUCCAGACAAACUACGAGAGCUGAUAGAAGAUCACGUCCUAAAAUCACGCUUCACUGAGGAGCUACAGGGUUUGGCGUGUGAGGAGAACACAGAGAGAGGAGGACUGUUGAGGUUUGCUGUUCUGAGUAGAGAUCUGACCUUUCACCUCCAGCAGCUGCAGAGACAGACAGAGCAGGAGCUCAGAAGCAUCCACACUCAUAAAUGUCAGUAGAUUGAUGCCGCUCCACCCUCUCUGUUCUGCUGCCAUGACGAUCAGUCUGGCAACACUGCUCUCAGGUCUGUGAGACGAGACAAGCUAAAACACAUCUCAGGAUUCCAAGACUCUUGCAGAUCGAAGGCCGCCAGCAGCUGCUGACCGCUGAGCUUUUUAUUCUUCAGCAGAAGAAGAAACAGAGCGAACAGGAUCUGAGGAGAAGCUCCAGCCUUCAGAGCGCCACUUUUCAGCUGUGUGCUUGUCGGGAGCUUCAGGUCUCCGUCACUGAGCGUCUGCUCCAAUCAGAGCGGUUGGUGUUCCAGCAGGAGGCCCUGAGCGCGCUGCGUCAGCUGCUGACCCGAGACCAGCUGAGAUACCAGGAAGAGACGCACAGACUCACCUGCUUCACACAGAGAGUACUCAGACUGUCCCACAGAUCGUACAGAGAGGAAACGUUCACCAGCAGAGACAGUGACCGCAGCAUGCAGGGAAAGACAGAGCAGGAAAACAACAUGCAUGCACCUUCCUCCCAAUCACCAACUAGUCCUCACCAGACCACCAAUAAAGAAGAGGCAGAACAGGCCUGGAGACCCAAUCAUAAGAAACCCGCUGCAGGCCUGUCCCGUGGUUCGAACCUGAGCCGAUCCGGCAGCGUCAAAAACCUGAUCAGUAUAUUCUCCGGUCCUUCUUCUGGGACCCAACAGAGAUUUUCACCUGGAACACUCUCAAGAGCUACUUCUACAGAGGCUCUCUACCUUUCCAGGGCAAAGUCAAGCCCUUCAACACUGAGCAAAGUCGAAAAAGACGACGCUUCUGUUCCCAGCAUCACCGUGACCCCUCCGUUCAGGAAAACCAGUCAGAAAGUGGCAAUGAAAGGAAGCUUUAACAGUCAGAUCGCUGCCAGGAUCGAUUGUCCAGUCGAUGUCAGGGCUGAGAAGACUGCUUCGGUUCCACUGAACAAAACACAAACCAAAGACUCUGGUAGAGACUCGGUAGCUGACUCCGGCAUGGGAUCGGAGUCAGAAUUGGAUUUGAACAAGCAGCCGGACAGCCCGUUGUCAGAGGAUGAGCCCUCCACACCCCGAGCGGUGCCGGCCACCCAGAACCCCAAAUAUCAGCUGUUCCUCAACAACGACUACAAGGUCAACGGGUUGAGUGGCAGGGAUGCAGAUGCGCCAGUUGGAGGCGGCGGGACGGGGGGGGAGAACGGCCCUCGGUCCCGAUUCGAGAGCAACCGGCUGGAGCAGAACCAAAACCAAGGGUCCCUGGAGUCCCUGGCCUCGCGGGACUGGGACAACACGUCUGACAGGUAUGGAGUUGUUGACAGCCCUCCCCGGGUGUUCAACAGUCCGUACUCCACGACCGCCUCCAUGGAUUACAACCCCAUGCACCGGAUGUCUGAGUUCAAGAUUCCAGGGGGCAUUUCUCCUGCCACCUCAGAGAUGAACCUGUACAGCUUCAACAGUCGCAGCACCAGUCCUGUUGGCACGCCCACCCUCACACGCCCCAGAUACUCCGCUUACGAAACCCUGGUGAAGAGAAGGGCCGAGGUCAACAACCAUGUGAUGCCACAGAUGAACCAGAUGAAUCAUAUGAACCAGAUGCCACAGAUGAACCAGAUGAAUCACAUGAACCACAUGAACCAGAUAGCUCCCGUCCACUACAGCAUGCGCUCUAACACUUUAGGAGGGCCCAAUAAAAAGGACUACAUUGAGGAGUUGACCAAACAGAUGGACGUCUGCCAGAAGCGUAACCAGUUCCUGGAGGCAGAGAGCGUGGCGAUGGAGAAGGAGAGGAACCAGAUAAGGUAUGAGAUGCGCGGCCUGCUGGUGAACAACGAGGACCUGCUGAGGACCAACACCCAGCUGACCAAUGAGAUGAAGAGGAUGAGAGAGCAGAUGAUAGAGAUGGAAAGAGAGCAUCAAUCCCUGGGCGAGAGUUUCCGGGAGAUGGAGAUUGAGGUGAAGCAGGCCCGGGACGUGAUGGUGGAGGCCAACACUCAGGAGUACGCCUUCAAUUUCCUCCAGCAGACCCUCAAAAACAAGAUCCAGGACGCUGAGGAAAACCUGGAGAAGCAGACGCAGCACACCCAGUCUCUGUCUGAGAAGUUGUGGGUGACAGAGAGACGGCUGGAGGAGCUGGAGGUGGACAAAGAGACCAGAGACAAGAGGACAACCGAACUCAACAGCAACCUCUUCAGGAUGGAGACAGAGCUGGCGGAGGCCCUGCUGGUGUCCACGCAGGCUUCAGUCGAGCUGAGCCUCCAUCAGAAGCUGCGUGUGGACGAGCAGCAGAGGGUGGAGGAGCUGGAGGAGGAGCUGCUGGAGAAGGAGCAGGAGCAGCAGAGACUGCACAGCCUCGUGGGCCGCCUGCAGGGAGAGGUCUCUGGAAAGCUGAUUGACAGGGAGCAGACUCUGGAGGAGGAGAUCCAGCUGAGAGAGAAGAUCCAGCUGCAGUGUAAGCAGGCGGAGAGGGCGGUGGAGGACCUGAAGAUGGAGCUGCAGACCACCAACCAGGCCAGAGACGAUCUGGCCAAACAUGUCAAACAGUCCCAGGAGAAGAUGAUCGACCUGGAGACCGAUCUGGAGGAGCUGCACGACAGCGAGCAGAGGUGGGCGUCCAAACACAAGAGAGCCAUCGAACAGACUGAGCAGCUGCAGCUGAAGCUGAUUCAGGAGAAAGACCUCAACGACCUGUUGGAGAUGGAGAAGGGUUCCGCCGAGAGACAGCUGCGGGAGCUGCGUCUGGAGGUGGAGGAGCUCCAGAGCUCCAGGGUUCAGGAGGAUGUGGUCUCCAGAGCGGAGAGCCGAGUCAAGGAGAUGGAGAACACGCUGAGGAACGAGGAGAGGAACAAAUCUGUUCUGACCAACACCAUCAGCAAACUGGAGAGGAGGAUCAACGAGCUCAGCGACCAGAUGGAGGAGGAGCACAGGAUAGCUAAUGAGCAGAAAGACCUGAUGACCCAGAGGAUGCGCUCUCUGAAGCGGCAGCUGAACGAGGCGGAGGAGGAGGCGAGCCGGAAGGAGGGGCAGUACCGCCACACCCAGAGAGAGCUGCUGGAGGAGAGGGAGACCAGCAGCCGGCUGCAGAGGCAGGCGCUGGACCAUAGCCUGCAGAACAAACGUAAGGACACUCUGACCAUCCGUCAGACUCUGGAUAACUUGAGGCUGGACCUGAGCGUGGACGAUGAAGAGGAGGAUCAGCCACCGGAGGAACAAACAACAAGCACUGUCACCAAAGUUUGAACCCUCCCACUUCACACAUUAACCAAUAACAGCACAUCUCUACUGGCACUCAGGGUGCGGUGACAUUUUCUAAAGCUGCCGACACCACUUUCUCAUGAAAAUGGAUAAAUGCUGCAUGUGAUCAAAACUAAAAGUCCACCACGGUCUUUGCCUCUGACACUUUGAAAUAAUCACUGAUGUAUAUUCUAGAAAGUGCCCGGAAAAAAUGAUCUAAUAUGGUAACAAAUUAUAGGAAAUAAUUAGAGACAAAGUUGAACAAUUCAAUUGACACAUUGCAUGUACUUUAUUAAGUGCAAUUGUACCAAAUGAACUGUGAACAGUAUUCUCUCUAGAAUUAGUUACAAAUUAAUUUCUUUGGUCGCCCUCUUGUGGUUACUAUUAGGAAUUACAGCUAUCAAUUAAAAACCCUAAAAACAAAUGGCUGUCAACAUUGAAGUCGAAUGCCUGUUUCGACAUGUUGAACCUAAAAUGUCUAUUACAUAGAAUAUUAAAUAAAUUCAUGAUCUGCUUGUUUGCAUACAUGUACAGAUGCUUGGUGCGAAGAGAUGCUGACAUACAUUAGGGAAAUAUUACUAGUGGCGUGAUGAGGAUUUGAUAAAUGUGCCUUUUUUUUUAUUGUGUUCUUGUAGUUGCUGUUUAAUUGAGCUUCAAACAGCAUGAAGUACAUUGAAGUGUGAAUUUCUCGAUAUCAUCCAAUUUGGCCUGAACGGACACUUUGGAAGAGGACUCCUUUAAAACCUCUUUUUCAUUUCAUUUUUUAUAGAAAAAGCGAGUUUCAAUUUGAAAAGAAUCACUGGUUAGCACGUACAUUUGACAAUUUAGAGCUAAGUUCUUUCAUAUGGAGGGAUGUUCUAUCAUUUAGUUUAACAUGUGUUUAUCUGCUAAAUUAGAAAAUAUUCCAAACAAGUUGGAGAGGAGAUCUUUGCAUGUGAUUAUCCUUGAUUCACCAACAAUUAUUUAUAUUGACCGUAUUUUGUAUGUUUCUAAUGUUUUUAUGAUACCAAGAUUAUUGAAUAUUCUGUAUUUGCAAUUGCUUCUGGGGCAAACAUAAUUUUUAGAGAAUUUAAUGUAUGAUUUUAGUGCAGUUUACGGUAUUUUAGGGGGUUUGCUGCUGUAUUGAUGUAUCUUAAUGUUCCUCCUACAUACGCUUCUGUCCAGGUGAUAAGAUUAAGGGAUAAGAUAUUUUGUGUCAGCAAAGAAGAUGAUACAAAAAGGGCUUUUGUUUCACGCUUUGUUAAAUGUGUUUUUAUUCAAGUCACUCAAAGCAGACUCAAAUAAAAAGGAAAGGAACUGAGACGUUUUAGCUCUCAGAAGUAAUGUCUACAGAAGGUUUGGAUCCAAGAUGUGUGUUAAUGCAAAGUGUGGAAGAAGAAUAGAUCACUGUGCUGUCUGUUCAUUGUUUGGCAUGCUCUUAUUUUGAAAGGAAAUCACUUUUCAAAAGAAAACCACGUGUGCGGACACAGAGCCCUCUCUCUAGGGCUCUGCACGGACAGAGCCCUAGAGAGAGGGCUCUGCACGGACAGAGACAAACAUGGCUGGGUUGCGAAAUUCAAAUCAGUAGGAAUUGAACUGGUUUCAAUCCAAACAUGACAAGCAUCCAAUAGGUACUUGAAUUUGAAAAUAACUCACUGAUUGAGUUAUUAAAUUGAACCCAGCCCUGUUCCUACUGUCCUGCUUGUUCCCUGUAUGAUAAACACACGAGGCUAAUAUUCAGAUGCAGUAAUCACACUAAUCACAUGAAAGAGUUUCCCAGCUGUUUGAAUGUGUGCUUCAAAUGUCUUUGCGUUUAACAUUCUCCAAACAAAAAGCGUCAGAUAUGUAAAAAGAAAUAGAUUUCAUUGACUUAUUUUUGUAACUUCACUUCACACUCUACUGGUUCUGCUGUUCUCGGGUAUUUAUUUUUCACAUUCUCUCUUUUGGUGAGAAGUUUCUUCUAACAAAAUGCAAAUAAACUCCUAUGCACUGUG